AUGGCCUGGCUGCGCGAACGGCCCGAGGUCAACGACACGGCCAAGCUCUGGCUCUACGCCCGGCGCGGGGAGGGCAAGAGCACCAGCUACGAGUACGAGCCAGAGCUUUCCGUGACCAGUCGCAUCCGGUGCACGAGGAAUGGACGCAGCCAGUGGAUUUGGAUCACCCGGGACGAUCGCGACAGUGAUGGGAAGAAGGCCACCGUGUCGUUCUUGGGCCGUGACAAGGCCCUGCUCGAAAGCAUCCUGGAAGAAGGAAGAGAGAUCCAACGACAGAAGCGCGAGAAAUUCCUCACAGUGGUUCAGGUCUAUGACUUUGGAAAGGAGCAUGGCUUGAAUUGGCUACACCCUCAGGACAAGGACCGGAAACAGCCGGGCCGCUCGAUUUCCUCGGUGGUCUUGCCCAGACACAACGCGCAGAGCAGCAUGGACCAGGCUGAGGCCUUGUUGGAGGAUGCCCGGGAGUUUCUGGCCUCCGAGGCCUGGUAUACGGAGCGUGGAAUCCCCUACCGCAGGGGCUACUUGCUCUAUGGCGUGCCGGGCGGUGGCAAGAGCUCACUCAUCAUGGCUGUGGCCAGUGAGCUUCGACUGCCCAUCUACGUGAUGAGCUUCUCGUCCGAGCGUAUGAACGACGAGGUGCUCAGCUCGCUUCUGCAGUACGGGAUGCACGAUCCACCGACGAUCCUGCUGCUGGAGGACGUGGACAUGCUUCACUCAGCAGUCCUCAACCGUCACAAGCCGACGGAGGAGUCAGAUUCAGAUCAAGAGUCCGAGAAGCGGAAUAAACGACGAGGACGGCUGACGCUUUCGUGCUUGCUGAAUGCCUUAGAUGGGCCGACAGCAACCACCGGGCGCUUGCUGUUCAUGACGACCAACAACCGAGAUGCCUUGGAUCCAGCUUUGCUGCGUAGCGGGCGCAUCGAUUACGAGCUUGAGUUCAAGCCUGCGGCGUCCGAACAAAUCUGCCGACUCUUCCUUCGGUUCUACUCCGACUUCAGCCGAGCGAACCACAUGGAUCCCGCGAAGCAAGGAAAUGGUGAGCUGAAGCUGAAGGCGGAACGCUUCGUGCAGCGCUUGGAGGAGUCAGGUCGGAAGUUGACCACCGCAGACAUCCAGAGGCAUUUGAUGAAGCGGAAGAAGAGUCCCGAGCGUGCCGUGCAGGAGGUGCAGGAGCUGAUCGACGCCUUUGCAGAUGAGCCGACCGCGCCACGCCCGGAGAAGGACAAAAAUACGGCGCAGGCCGCGUGA